GAAGAGCGACCUCAAUGGACGGCUCCAACUGCACCAACCACGGCAAAGGUCUGUGGGCCGUUGGUGCUGCAAGAGAUCUUCUUGCCGGAUCCUGCUGUUCUCCGGGCUUUUCGCUUUGUCAGGCUUUGUCGCUUGGCCAGCGGCAUCGGCGAGUGGUUGCGCAUGGCUGUGACAUGCUUUGGAUGGCUGAUGGCAGUCCGUUUGGCGACGGGGCAACCAAACCAGCUCAUUACUCAGACUCACAAGCUCAAAAGAUUGUUUUAA